GCAAGGGCAAUCUGGAAAACUCCUAGCCCGUUCCCUCUACAUGUCCCAGAGCGAUGUAAAGGUAUUCUCUUGCAGAACGUUCGAAUUCGCACCUUUGAACACAUCCCUCCCAUCACCCAUGUCCUCUUCAGAAUCUGCACCACUACUCGGAAACGGUGGCCAUACUGGUCAUAAAAACCUCCCCUUUACUCGUCGCAUUGUCGAUUACAUGAAAGGCGAGGGCGAGCCAUCAUGGGAGGAAUCGUUCAAGUUCUUUAUUUUCGGGACAUGGCUCAAUAUCCUACUCGUAUUUGUACCUCUAAGCUUCAUCUCACACAACAUGAACUGGGACGUCGGCCUCGUAUUUUUAUUUAGCUUUAUGGCUAUCGUGCCCUUGUCCAAGCUGUUGGGCGAGGCAACAGAUCAGUUGUCGGUCAAAUUAGGAGAGACCAUGUCAGGUCUCCUCAAUGCAUCCUUUGGGAAUGCCGUAGAAAUCAUCAUUGGCGUUGCUGCUUUACUCAAUGGUCAAUUACGAAUUGUUCAGACGUCCAUGAUUGGAUCGAUCUUGUCAAACAUAUUGCUCGUCCUUGGUUGUUCGUUUCUGGCCGGCGGAUUAUACCAUACAGAAGGACUUUUCAAUGGUACCGGAGCUCAGGCGUGCGUCCUCUGGUUUUCUCUUAUGACGCUGUCGUGCAUCACGCUUGUUGUUCCUGCGGCCUAUGCAAGUACUACGGACUCUGGAAUGAAGAAUUAUUGCAGUAAUCCAGAUGAAUGUCCCACCGCGGGUCUUCUUUUUAUCUCCAGAGGGACUGCAAUAUUACUCUUAGGGGCAUACUGUGCCUACAUUUGGUUUCAGGCAUCAUUGUCGGAAACGGACGAAACAAAACCUCGCAUGGGAACGGCCGCUGCUGGCGUUGCACUUUUAUUGGUCACCAUCGUCAUCGCAUUUUGUGCUGAGCAUUUGGUUACCUCCAUCGAGGAGACUACAGCCCGGUAUCCCGUCUCGAAAGCCUUCAUUGGUGUUAUCUUGUUGCCGAUCGUGGGAAAUGCCGCAGAUCAUGUCACUGCAGUCUGGAUGGCAACGAAGAAUAAAUACGAGCUCACCAUCUCUAUCUGCGUUGGAAGUUCGAUUCAAAUUGCCUGCCUCGUAGUGCCGCUUCUUGUGAUCAUCGGUUGGAUCGUCGACCAACCCCUGACGUUGCACUUCCACAACUUCGAGACAAUUGUCUUCUUUGUAUCUGUCUGCCUGGUCAAUCUAUUGCUCAUGGACGGAAAAGCCAAUUAUCUGGAAGGUCUCAUGCUCCUUACCCUCUACUCGGUCAUUGGCCUCGCAUGUAAGUUGCUCGUUGAGCCCUUUAAU